AUGAGCGCCUGGAAGUCAGCCAAAGCGCCAGACGGCCGCACCUACUACUUCAAGUCUGGCACCAACGAGACCACCUGGUCCAAACCGGCAGACUUCGACGAUGCAGCACCACCAGCAACUCCCGCCACCCCAGGCGCCGCUGAAGGAGCAUGGGCGGAAGCAAAGACGGCCGAGGGCAAAGUAUACUACUGGAACACCGUCACCAAAGCCACCAGCUGGACCAUGCCAGAGGGUUUCAAGCAGCAGCAAAAUGCCCGUCCUGCCGCCCCCGCCUUUGUCGCCGGAGGCGCGCAGAACUUCGGUGGUGAUGUCACGGAUCGUCGCAUGGAGCGCAGGUCAGACCGAGACAUGGGCCUGCCGCAGAGGCCAAACUUCGAGGGCGGAAGAGGCGGCGGUAUGCCGUGGGAGCAGAGGCAGGACAACGCGGGCUUCCGCGGUCCGAUGCCAGUGAAGACUGACGAGCCCGAAUAUGCCACCUUCGAAGAAGCAGAGCAGGCAUUCUUCGCCCUCCUCCGCAAGCACAAGAUCUCGCCCGACACAGAGUGGGAGGAUGCUCUGCGUGCUGUGAUAAAGGAGCGCGAGUUCCGAGCUCUCAAAGACGCUAGGGAGAGGAAGACAGCAUUCUUCAAGUACUGCGGCAACGUGCGUGCAGAGGAGAAGGGCAAAGAGCAGGAGCGUCGCGCAAAGGUCAAGGAGGACUUCCUGAAGAUGCUGUCUACCCACGAGGAGAUCAAGCACUAUACUCGCUGGAAGACGGCACGUCCCAUGAUCGAGCGUGAGGUGGUGUUCAGGAGUGCUGGCGACGAUGACACGCGCAAGCAACUGUUCGAUGAGUAUGUUCUCGGGCUCAAGAAGAAGCAUGAAGAGAACGAAAUCGAGCAGCACCGCCGCGGCAUGAAGGAGCUUGCGAACUUGCUCCACACGCUGGUCACCGAUCCGUACACCAAGUGGCAUGACGCGCAGGAAGCCGUGAAUCAGAACAAGCGAUUCAACACAGACGAAGCAUUCGCCAACAUCACCAAGCUCGACGUUCUCCGUACCUUCGAAAGCCACAUCAAUGCCCUCGCGCGGAUGCGCAACGACCAAGCACAGCAUGAUAAGAAUAUGCAAUACCGUCGGGAGCGUCAGGCGCGCGAUGGCUUCAAGGAGCUUCUCGCAGACCUGCGUGGUCAAGGCAAGAUCAACGCCGGUACCAAGUGGACCGACAUCUACCCCAUCUUCGCCGAUGACAAGCGGUAUACCAACACCGUCGGCAACGCCGGCAGCACCCCUCUGGAGAUGUUCUGGGACGUUCUGGAGUCGGAAGAGGCGCUCCUCCGCGACCAGCGCGAGGAGGCUCUGGAUGUGCUCGCUGAUCAGCGAUACGAGAUGGAUAUAUCCACGAGCCUGGACGACUUCAAGAAGGUCAUGGCUUCGGAUGAGCGCACUCGUGGUAUUGCGGCUACACAGCUCGCUCUCAUCUACGAGCGUCUCAUCGCGAAGAUCAAGCGGCGCCUGGAAAAAGACAGAGCACACAACGACCGCUCCCAGCGUGAUGCCGUGGACGCUCUACGCCAUGUUCUCAAGCAUCUGACUCCACGCAUCCGCACAAACACUGUCUACGAGGAUAUCGUUCCCGCUCUGCAAGGCUACGACGAAUACCGCGCUCUCGACGAAGACUCCCGCCGCGCCGCCUUCGACAAAUUCAUCCGCCGUCUCCGCGAGAAGGAAGAUGAGCUCGAGCGUGACCGCGCCCGCCGUGACCGCGAUCGCAACGGCUCCCGCCGCGACCGUGAUCGUCGCCACCGCUCCCGCUCACCAGAGGUCGACGCUUACGAGGCCGACCGCCGCAAGGCGCAGGCUGUGCGGGAGAGCCAGUACCGCAAGACUUCGUUCGGGCUCACGCCGCCGCCGCGCUCCGAGCGCCGGGACGACAGGGAUGAUCGCUACCGCGGCGGUCGUCACGACGAGCGGUAUGAGCGUGAGCGGCGCGAGAGGGAGUUGGAGCGCGAGCGUAGCUAUGUAAGUCGUGCGGAUCCGAGGGAUCGUGGGAGGGCGUUGGAUUAUGGCGACGACGACGCUGUUGGCAGCCGUCCGAGCUCGGGUGGGAAGAGGAAGGUUUCGGGGUCUGAUGUUGGUGGGAAGAGGGAUGCGAAGCGCGCACGUCGCGGUACCCGCAGCCCCGAGCCCGCCGAGCCGGCCUCCGAGCCGCCUGCAUUGCAAAGCGGCAGCGAGGAGGGUGAGAUUGAGGAGGCAUAG